AUGGAUAUAUUUCCGUACAAGAAGAGCAAUAUUUCACAGAAGACCUUCCUCAUCGACCCGGUCACAAGGGAACGGAUCGAUAUCGUCCACCUCCUUUCCGGGGUAGCGUUUUCUCGCUCAGAAGAUGUCGCCCACGAAUUCAUGACCACAGUCCGAGCCCCGUCUUACUGCCAAGCAUACGGCAGUUACUCCGAUCUAGUCAACUGCCCUACCAUCGACGUGGUCUAUAUCGCGACACCUCAUUCUCACCACUUCCAGAAUGCCAUGCUGGCGCUCGAAGCGGGAAAACACGUGCUGUGUGAGAAAAUCCUGACUGUGAAUGCCGCACAAGCCAAGAAGUUGUUCGCUGUGGCGGAGCAGAAGCAGCGGUUUCUCAUGGAGGGACUGUGGAUACGGUUCCUCCCAGUUAGUGUAGAGGUGCGUGGACUUCUCCAAGCCGGUGCGAUUGGGACCAUCACCCGUGUCUUCGCAGAUAAUGGUCUGGGAGUGGAUCCAUGCAGGGAAUUUCCGACGGGCGACCGCAUGGUUGUUAAAGAACUGGCUGGCGGAGCGCUGUUAGACCUUGGCGUCUACUCCAUCCACUGGGCCCUCCAAGCCCUCACCAAGGAAGAUCGUCGCCCGGGCGUCGACGAAACCACCACCAUACUGAUGAAAUUCGCCCCCAGCACAGCAGACCGACCCGAAAUACAAGCCACAGCGAGUUCCAGUCUACGCGCCACAAGCAACCCAGACGACGAGACCGUCGCGGUGCGCAUUCAAGGCAACAAAGGCGAAAUCCAAAUAUCCGGUUGGCCGUGGUAUCCGUUCCGGCUACGAGUCAUCAGACGAAGACCUGGGAUAGGCACUCCGUGGACGAUCAGCAUGGACAAGACCAAGCUUAUAUCCGGCGAUUUAUACGGCCUCUGUUUCGAGGCGGACGAGGUCGCACGGUGCAUUCGCCAAGGUCUUCUAGAGAGUCCCGAGAUGCCCUGGCUAGAGAGCCUGACCGUCAUGGAGAUCAUGGAUACAGUGCGACGGGAGAACGACCUCAAAUUCCCUGAGGAAAUCGAGACCUUGGAGUAUCCUGUAGCACUACCUGCUAAAACAUCCUAA